GACGCGGCGCGGCGGCUGCGAGCGGUGGGGCCCCGCGCCGCUGUGCUCCGGUACCGGUACCGACCCGGCCCCGCGCCGCUCCGCUCCCGCCGCCCCCGCCAGACACCCCCAGGGGGCAGCUCCCAGCACCCCGUCUCCCCCAGGCAGCGCCACGAUGGACCACCCCGGCCCCCCUUCGGCCAGCUAGCUGCGUCCCGCAGACACCACACCCCCAGCAGCAUGGCCCAGCAGCACCGUGCCGCUCCCCCCCCGCUUAAGACAGAGGAGGACUACAUCCCAUACCCCAGCGUGCAUGAGGUGCUGGGCCGGGAGGGGCCGUUCCCCCUCAUCCUGCUGCCACAAUUCGGGGGCUACUGGAUCGAGGGCACCAACCACCAGCUGAGCGGGGCCCCUGAGCCCCCUCCGAACCCGGCACCCGGCACCCGUGUACGGCUGGAGGGCAACCACACGGCCAAGAUCUACCGCAAGCACUUCCUGGGCAAGGAACACUUCAACUACUACUCCCUGGACCCCGCACUGGGCCACCUUGUCUUCUCCCUCAAGUACGAUGAGCAGGAGCACCUCCACCUGCUGCUGCGCACCCGCACCCGCACCCUGCAUGAUGUGGUGCCCAUCUCCUGCCUGGCCGAGUUCCCCAAUGUGGUGCAGAUGGCCAAGCUGGUGUGCGAGGAUAUCAACGUGGACCGCUUCUACCCCGUGCUCUACCCCAAGGCCUCCCGCCUCAUCCUCGCCUUCGAUGAGCACGUACUCAGCAACCACUUCAAAUUUGGUGUCAUCUACCAAAAGCUGGGGCAGACCUCAGAGGAAGAGCUCUUUGGCACCACGGAGGAGAGCCCAGCGUUCACCGAGUUCCUCGACAUCCUGGGGCAGCGGGUGCAGCUCCGUGACUUCAAGGGCUUUCGGGGAGGGCUGGAUGUGACACAUGGGCAGACAGGCAGCGAAUCGGUAUACUGCCACUUCCGGGACAAGGAGAUCAUGUUCCAUGUCUCCACCAAGCUGCCCUACACUGAGGGUGACGCACAGCAGUUGCAGAGGAAGCGCCACAUCGGCAACGACAUCGUGGCCGUCGUCUUCCAGGACGAGAACACCCCCUUUGUGCCCGACAUGAUCGCCUCCAACUUCCUGCACGCCUUCGUGGUGGUGCAGCUGGAACCCGGCGGCCCGCAGGGGCCCCUCUACAAAGUGUCGGUCACCGCCCGUGACGACGUCCCCUUCUUUGGGCCGCCGCUGCCAGACCCCGCUGUCUUCAGGAAGGGCCCUGAGUUCCAGGAGUUCCUGCUCACCAAGCUCAUCAACGCCGAGUACGCCUGCUACAAGGCCGAGAAGUUCGCCAAGCUGGAGGAGAGGACGCGGGCAGCGCUGCUGGAGACGUUACACGAGGAGCUGCAGGGCCGCAGCCAGGCCAUGCUGGGGAUGGGUCCUGACGAGGAGCGCCCGGACAACGGCUCAGCCCCCGGCUUCUUCGAGUCCUUCAAGUCCCUGCUGGUGCCCGGGAGCCGCCGGGGCCGCCGCGGCAGCGCCAUCGGUCUGGGCUCGGUGGAAGAGGCGCUGCUGGUCCCCGGGAAGAGCCCGUCCCGGCGGCGGCCCGGCCCGCUCGGCUCGCGCCGCUCCAGCGCCAUCGGCAUUGAGAGCAUCCAGGAGGCGCCGGGCAGGGACGGCCCCGCCCCGGGCAACGACGGCAACUCCUCCGCGCACAGCUCACCCGAGAGCCGCCGGAACCCCGACAGGACAGCCGCUCACCCCUGGGCACCCCACGGCAGCGUGACACCUCUGCCGACCCCCCCUGGCCGGAGGAGCCCCCCGGCACCCCCCCAGGUACCUGUCCCUGUGGCAUUGGGGCGCUGGGGUCACCCACGGGUGCUCAUGCUCCCCCCUAAACAGGCAGUGCUCGCCACCCUGAGAUCAAAAUCCAGCUGGAGCGGCCUCCCCCAAGCCCGGGCUCGUAGCCGACCCCCAAACCCCGGGGGGGCACCGCUGGAGGAGGGUCCCUGCUGUGCCCCUCCCUGCAGUGCCCCCCACCGCUCACAUCCAGGAGCCGAAGCCAUCGUCCUUGCUGUGGGAUUGGGGACCCCCUAUAGGGUCCCCCCCCCCGAUUUCAGACAAUCUCCUUCACUGCAAUGCCCCCCCUGGGGAAGGGGUGGGGAUGGGCUCAGGGACGUGCACAGCACAAUGCCCCCCUGACCCCUAAUGCAGAGUGGGCCCAGACCCAAUGUGCCCCCUCCAAAAAAAGAAAAGAGAAAAUCACACAAUGUGGGGGCGCAGAACUCAGCGGGGGCCACAUUGCUGCCCCCCCCCACACCCCACUUUCCCCUGUCCCCUCCCCCCUCUCCCCCCCAUUUUAUUUAGGGAUAACAGCUCCAGACUGGGGGGGGGGGGGGGGGGGAUUGGGGCUGUGGGUUUUUUUUCAGCCCCCCCGGGUCGUGGUUGUGUUUCCCGUAUCGAUGUACAAAUAAAAGUCUAUUUAUCGCUA